UGUAUGUAUGUAUGUAUGUAUGUAGGUUGUUGUUAGGAAAGGAGGAAAGUCGGUUUGGGGGUUGCUGCGAGGUUGCAUUCGCCUUCUUCCCCCAUUUCACGAAUAGCCUCUCAUCUAAUUUCAUUAAAAGCUGUUGAAAUUCAGCAUUACCAUUCAAUUUCUUUUCUUCAAUGAAAUCCUCGGUCUUUCUUAUUGCCGAUGUUGUACAAGUGGAAUUAAUCGCUCUUCCACAAACUUAUUUUUUAUUUUAUUUGGCCACAUAAAAGAAGAAGAAAUAGGUUUUUUUUUCCUUCCGUUUUUAUUGGAAAUUUGAGAGAAAGAGAGGAAAGGAAAGGAGAGAAAGAGAGAGCGAGCGAGGGAGAUUGUGUUGGAUUGAAUGCCAUAGAGAGAGAGAGAGAGAGGGAGAGAGAGUGUGUGGAAGAUCGUUAUGAUAAAGAGGCAAAGCCUGCGUUCAUCGUUAUUAUCAUUGUUUGAUCCGCAGCAGCACCGUAGUCGCUGCCGCCGCCAUCGCUUGGGGGUUCGUAGUUUAAUGGCUGCCGCCUCUUCACUGUUUCAAGGCGGAAACGAUCCAUUAUUAUUAAUGCUAUCCAAGAGAUUGCAAGCCCAAGCCCAUGCCCUCCUACAUCACCAUCAUCGCAACCAACACUAUCAUUCUUAUGCUUCUUCCUCCUCCUCCGCCUCCUCAAACCUAAUUGGCCGCUUUCCUUUUCCUUCUUCUUCUGUCGGAGGAGGAGGAGGAGCUACGUUGCUACUAAAUGGAAGAUGUGUCAAUGGGGGCCUGACUCUCAAGGGUUGCUCCUCCUCCGACAGUUGGGACUACAUCCGCAAAAAAAGGAUUGACGACAACAGCAGCAACAACAAUCAUCAUCAUCGUCAUCAUCAUCAUCAAAACCAUAACAAUGCAUUUCAGAAUGCUCAGGCAUUUGCUCCGAGCCUGCCACAGCUAGUUCGUGAUUCCGGGAUUGGAUUAGAAGAAGAUGAAUGCGAUGCUGCUGCUAGAUUUGCAUCAUGUGACCCUCGUAGCCCCCUUGGUUUCCCAGAUCAACCAUUCCCUGCCAAAAUUGUUGUUGCUGUUGACGUGGACGAGGUUCUCGGAAACUUUGUAUCAGCUCUAAAUAGGUUUAUUGCCGAUCGUUACUCUUUGAAUCACUCAGUCUCAGAGUACCACGUCUAUGAGUUCUUCAAGAUAUGGAACUGCUCCCGUGAUGAAGCUGAUACCCGUGUUCAUGAGUUCUUUAAGACGUCUUAUUUCAAGACAGGGAUUCAUCCAAUUCCAGGUGCUCGGCAGGCUCUCCAGAAGUUAUCAAGAUUUUGUAAUUUAUCAGUGGUGACGUCCCGCCAGAAUGCAAUCAGAGACCACACGAUCGAGUGGAUUGAGAAGCAUUACAAAGGGUUGUUCCAAGAGAUUCACUUUGGAAACCACUUUGCUUUGGAAGGGCAGUCUAGACCUAAAUCUGAUAUUUGCAGGUCAUUAGGAGCAAAGGUUUUGAUUGAUGAUAACCCUAGAUAUGCCAUGGAGUGUGCUGAAGUUGGAAUUAGGGUUCUACUUUUUGAUUAUGAGAAUUCAUACCCUUGGUGCAAGAUAGAGUCUGUUAAUCAACAUCCCUUGGUCACUAAAGUGAACAGUUGGGAAGAGGUGGAGCAUCAAUUAGUUUCCUGGAUUGUUUCAUGAAAGUUUUUAUCCCAUAACUGGUUCAGAACUCACCAUCACAGCAUAUAUUGAUUUGAUUGGGUGAAAAUGCUACACAUGGUAUUUUAUGAAGUAGAGCUCCAAGGGAAGCCAAAUAGGAUAGGAUUUUGGAUUAUAAUGGUAGCAGUAAUAUGCAAAUGUGAGUGAGAGAAUGUUUUUCUUUUAUCUACUCUCUCUCUCUCAAUAUAUAUAUAUAUAUAUUCUCUGGCCCCAC